AUGCUACACUCUUGGCUGCUGCUGGGAGUUUCUCCCCAGAGUUUGCGGGGCUGCCAGGGGGCCCAGAGAGGAGACAGUGAUGCAGCACGCUUUUCCACCAAAGGUUCAGUCCUCAAAGAACACAAGGUCAUCUGGGGUGCCUUGGAUCAGGACAUAAACCUGGAUAUUCCCAAUUUUCAAAUGAGUAAUCUCACCAAUGAGAUCCGAUGGGAAACGAAUGGCAUCAAAGUUGCCCAAUUAAAAGGCAAGAAACAGUAUGAGUUAAACAAAACAUAUGAAAUAUUGCCAAAUGGAACUCUGAAAAUCAAACACCUGGGGAGAAGCUUUAACAAUAUCUACAAAAUAAUCAUAUACGAUACAAACGGAACAAGCGUGUUGGAUAAAGAAUUUCGUUUGAAUAUUCAAGAGAUGGUCUCAAAGCCAGAGAUCUCCUGGAAUUGUAGCAACAAAACCUUGACCUGUGAGGUAGUGAAUGGAACUAACCCUAACUUGAACCUGUACCAAAAUGGGAAAUAUCUCAAGAAAGGUUCCAAGAAAGUCAUCACAUACCAGUGGACAAAACUGACUGCGGCUUUCAACUGCACAGCAAAUAACAAAGUCAGUGAAGAAUCCAGUGCCGUGGCUAUCAGCUGCCCAGGGAAAGGCCUGAACUUCUAUCUCAUGGUUGGCAUCUGUGGAGGAAGCGCCCUCCUGGUGGUCUUUGUGGCACUCCUCAUCUGCUACAUCUGCAAGCGGAAAAAGCAGAACGGUAGGAGAUGCGAUGAGGGGCUGGAGAUAAGCACCCGAAGAAUAACCACUGAGGAAGGGGGCCUGAAGCCCUGCCACAUCCAGGCCCCACCAGCUCAGAAAACGUCAGCUUCCCACCCUCCCCCACCACCGAGCCAUCGUUCCCAGGCACCUGGUCAUCGCCCCCUGGCUCCUGCUCACCAUGUCCAGCCACAGCAUCAGAAGAGGCCUCCUCCGUCGGGCACACAAGUUCGCCAACAGAAAGGCCCUCCCCUCCCCAAACCUCGAGUUCAGCCAAAACCUCCCGUGGGGCUGCCGAACACUCCUUGUCCCCUGCCACUAAUUAAAAGACACAGAAACUGUCCUCGCCAAUAAAAGGCACUGUGGAUUUCUCCACGUCAGCAUGCAGGUCUGCUCUUUCCUCGAGUGGUUUCUACAUACAGGACAUGAUGGCCUCCCCAGCAAGGCUCGUGGGUCACAGUUACACUAGCACCUUCCAACUCAGCCAUGUGGUCUAACCCUGGAGUCUUUGGCUUCCUCUCAGAUCUCUGUCACACCAAGAAGAGAGAAAUGGUGUAAGUGUGAUUUUAGGGUGGUGGGUGACAGAGCA